AAAUAAUAAAAUGACUGAUGGCUGAAUCACAUUUAGCUGCUUCAGUGGAACCCUCAGAGCUGUCAUUAGUGUUAUUAGUAACACCUGUGAUACGUCAAAAUGUGUUCUGUGAAACAUGAGAAUCCGGGAAAAAAGAAAAGUAUCCACACUGUAAAGAGUAAAAAAGAUAGAAGCAAGUGUAAAAUGUAAUAUAGUACAAAGCGUUAGGUUAUAUUGUUCUAUUUAAAAGGUAACACCCAUUCUAUUCACUUAUUAAAAAUAAUUUGCAUGAACAAAAGUAUAAGAAAUAGACUAUGUAGACAAUAAAUGACUUUCAAUGCAAGUUGCAGCUUGAAUUACUUCAACACACUAUAAAAAGGGUUAGAGCGCCUCUGGUGGGAAUUUCAGAUGAACGCGUUUUACUAGAAGAAACAUGCAGAUCUGACCAGUAAUCAGUUUCCGUCCCCACUGAGUCCCUGAAGCAUCCCUGAAGCUGACCUGAGACCAGCAGACUCUGAAUAACUGAACUGUGAGGAUCUGCUGCAUCUUCUCUACCGGCAACGUGGCAAGACUUAAGAGUUGUAGGCUACUGUUUUUCCUCAUGUAGGCUACUAUCCGAGGACGCCGUUACUCAUGAGGAUAUGACACAGACAAGGCUGCAGCAACAACACAUGGAUCUCCGUAUUUUGUGAACUUUAUCCUCCCGUUAUCAUGUUGACUCGUUAUCAGCUCAUGUUGUGAGUUUCCUGUGAAAUGAUGUGGCAGUUGUGGAUGUACUUUGACUGCGUGUGGCAUGUGUGAGCCGUGUUAAAGUAGGCCGGCCGUGUGUGAAGGAGGUCAUCAUGGAUCACAGAGGAUCUCACCCCCGGCCCCAGUCUGGCCGUCACUCCCACAGAUCAAAAGACAAAGAGGACUACCAGCGGUAUUCUCACCAGGACAGGGACCAGAGCUACCCACCACCAGAUCCCAGAGAGAGGGACAGGCACUGGGCUCAUGCUGAUCCCCGCUACAGGGCUCAUUUAACCAGUCCUCCUGCCAGACUGGACCAGUAUCCUUACAGCACUCAGCAGUAUCUUUAUAACUAUGGGCGACCAGAACACCAAAGACCCCAGUCCAGGCAUGGGUAUGACUAUCCACCCAACAGUCAUUGGGACUACAGGGAGAACUACGGUUAUUAUGACCAUGACUAUUACAGUGGACAGCAGGGUCGACCAGAUGCUGGCCAGUGGGUGCCCCAAGACUCAUGGAGAACGGAGCGUUACCAUGAAAGAGCAUACAACCAGGAACACCCAGGGAGCUCCUACAAUGAGGAAUACAGGUAUGACCAAGGGAGAGACAACUCCCAGCAUAAUGUCUAUGACUACGAGGAUAAUCCCUCCAGAGAGAACGAAGAGGUUUCCUCUUAUUACCAUGGGACGUUAGAAAGUUCCAAAAACUCAGGGUUAUCAUCCAGCAGCUAUGAACUGAGUCAAUACAUAAAUGGAGCUGAACACAAUGACCCUGGCCCACAACCUGCUCACACAUCUGAUGCAGAGCAUGGAGCUGUGCGUCAGAUGUCGGCUCCUCUGAAGUACUCAAUCCCUCAUGCGGUUGUCAGCUUUGGACCUGCAGGCCAGCUGAUACGGGUCACUCCAGGCUUUUCCACGCAGGAGAAUGUCAGCCAGCUGGAAAUCCACAGUCUAGAAGUCAUUCUGAGUGAGACACAGGAACAGCAGGAGAUGAGAAACUUCCCUGGGCCCUUAACUAGGGAGGAUUUGCACAAAGUAGAUGCUAUAGAAUUUGCCCACCAGAGGGCAGGCGCCUGCAUGAGAGAUGACAAACUGCAUGAUAAGAACUCUGCUGCCCUCUUGUGGAAUCUACUGAUACUGCUGUGCAGGCAGAAUGGACAAAUAGUUGGGUCAGAUAUUGCCGAGCUGCUUAUGCAGGGCUCACAUUCAGAUGGAAGCUGGGAGUCAGAUGCUCCUACACUCAUUGACUUCAGUGAGGGCACAACUGCUGAAACACCACCCUGCAAAGGAGAUGACCUGCUCACAGGAAACUGCACCAGCUUCAGCUCUGAGAGCUCUAAGAAGGCCCUGCAGAGCUAUACCCAACUGCUGCUGGCUGGAAGAAAGAAGGAGGCCUUGGACUCGGCUAUGAGCAAUGGCCUCUGGGGGCACGCACUUUUUCUGGCCAGCAAAAUGGACAACAGGUCCUAUACCACUGUGCUGAACAGGUUUACAGGCCAGCUAACAGCCAGUGAUCCCCUUCAGACUAUCUUCCAACUACUGUCCGGGAGAAUCCCUUCUGUGGCCACGUGCUGUGGAAAUGAAAAGUGGGGUGACUGGAGGCCCCAUCUGGCCGUUAUGCUCUCCAAUGAGACGGGAGAUCCUGCCGUCCAACAGAAGGCCAUCAUCACCAUGGGGGACACACUAGCCUCCAGAGGCCUCAUACAUGCCGCCCACGUCUGCUACCUGACAGCCAGUGUUCCCUUUGGGGUGUUCAUGCAGAAGGCAGCGAGACUGGUACUUCUAGGCAGCAGCCACAGGCAGUCCUUUGAAUACUUUGCCACAAACUUUGCCAUCCAGUGCACUGAGUUGUAUGAGUACUGCCAGACACUUGGGGGCAAAUGCCUUUCAAUCCCAUCCUUUCAGGUGUAUAAGUUCCUGUAUGCCAGUCGACUUCUAGACUGUGGACUUGCAUCUCAAGCCUUCCAUUACUGCGAGGUGGUAGGACAGGCGAUCCUCAGACAGACUGAGCCUUUCUUUGUCUUGACCGAAGAGGUUAUUAAGUUGGCAGACAGGCUGAGACACUCUGAAGGUCAGUUCAGUGAAGCAGGGGUUUGCGGAGCUGGGCAGGAACCUGACUGGCUGAAACAACUACGUGCCAGGCAUCAUAGUUUACAGACGGGGAGUUAUGACUUCAUUGAAACAUACCAUCCACCUCCUGAGGGACAUGCUGUGGUCAAUGACAAAAAGUUAUCAGAAUCUGACCUGGAUGACCCAAGGUUCAAUGACAUCCACAGUCCAGAGCCUGAACUGCUUUAUUACAGAGGCACUGAGGAUCAAGAAACCCCUGUACAUCAACUUCAAGAAAGAAACGAGGAAAUGGUAGCUUUGUCAGGGGACAUCAGAGGACCUCAGGAAUGGCCACAGGCCAAUCCUCUGAUGCCAGUAGCAGUGGGUUAUGCUCCCCCAGCGCCUACAGUUGCUGGAAGCCAAGACUUCAGUUAUCAUAACACAGAUAGUGCUGAAGUUGGAACUGCCUUGCCACAUUGUCCUCUGAGUGAUUUGCCAUCAGCAGCAGAGGGUGCUGGGUUGUCCCCUGUAGUAGGCACUAUGGGGGGUCAGAUGCCGGAGGUCGACAUCAGUCAGCAGGGGCCAAUGCAGCAGAGCAUCCCGCAAGGUUUUGAGGCCUCCAAGCAGAUCAACGAGCCUCCUAAACAGAGCACCAAGACGGGGUGGUUUAGUGGUUGGUUCAAAUCAAAAUCCAAAGAUGUCCAAAAGGAGAGCUCAGAGCAGAGAAGCCCAGCUCAGACAGAGCUACCACCCACUACUGACUUCUGUCCUCCUCCUCCGCCUGCUAUUGUCUCCCCUGGCAUGUUUCCAUCCAUCCAGCCCUCCUCAGCUGGAGUCAAUCCUUUCUCAAGGAAAGCAGGCCAGCAGCUGGGGUAGAAACCCUGUCAACACCACUAGCCUGUAUUACAGGACCACUGACACCACUAAAACCAAAGACGGGAUACUGCACUACCAACCAUUAAUGUUGGCUUUAAGUCUAAUGAGAACUUCACCUGGGCUUGGAAAGACACCAAUAAGAUCCAUACUGCUCACCACCAUCCAUGUUUCUUUUUUAAGGAUGCCCUUUUAAACCCCCUUAGCUUGCACACCAUCAUGUUGCAUGUUAGCUACAGAAAUACACUAGAUGAACUAGCACAGUAACUCAUAUUGCAGGGAGCUAAAACAGUUGAGAUGUGCUUCAUAAAAGCUGACAGCAGGGGAAUUACCAGUGGAUGCAGGAUACGUUAGGGGUAAGGAAUAUCUUAACUGACCUCAGUAACCAUUUAUGCAUGAUGGAUCUGACCAGAAAUAUUGAUGCCAGCAACACUUAGGCAAGUUAUACUCUAGCAGAAAAAGUUUGAAAUAGCUGGUGCAAAUGACCACCUAAGUGCCCAGUGAGUAUGUCACUAGAUUCUCACAGCCCAGACCACUCUUAAAUAAUUAUCCAUGCUAUAUAUUGCAAACGCUACACAUUUAAUAAAGGUAUUAUAUUUAAAAUGGGUAAAUCUACCAGUACCACUGCAUUAUAUUUUAAUGAUAAAAUGCCAAUGCAAAAAUACAUUCAAGCAUAUAUGAGAUCCAAGCUAAAAUGUAACCUAAUGCUGUAGUGAUUUAUUAGCCUCACAGAAGCCAGCUUCAAUCUUGCAAGCUGAGUAAGCGGAAUCUGUAGCCUGGCUAGUUCAUUAAAGCACAAAGUAAGCAACAUUUGGUUAGUUUUCCAAUCUGUAAAGUGAAAUAGUUUUAGUUUUAAUUAUAUAUGAGACAUAUAAAGAAAAAAAUGGAAGAGUGUUGUCAUGCUGCCAAGAUGGAUGGUACCACAUGACAGGUGGGAGAGGGAAGAGUGGGAAAGACCUCGGCCAGGCAAACAGCCAGCAUGUCCUAUACCUCUUCCCCCGGCCAGCAGACACUUACAGGAUAACAUCAUGUGCUGAGGGUUAGGGUUACGCUAAAAUGUAUAUAAAGCACACAGUAAUAUAUAUCCUUGGAAUAAAAUUUUGAACAAAGUUGAUAAAUUAUCCUGUCACCUUGUAAACAUGUUUUUGAUAUCAUGUAUAUGUAUGUCAUGUGACUUAUAUAUGUAUUUUUACAAUAUAUGUACAUGGUUUUUUUGUACCUCUGUGCCAGCAGCUGAAAUGUAUUAACUACCAGUUUAUCUGUGCAUUCUUGCCUCAAAGUAAUUUCUCACUAUUACAAAAUGUAAAAACUUUAUCUACAGUCAGUAUGUGGUUGUUUUUUAUGACAUACCACUCACUUAAUAGCAAAAUCAAGUCACAUAUUGAAUAAAUAUGUCUUGCAAAGAAAUAAGGGUGCCAAAGGGAGCUUCUCACUAAGUGGAGAGCAAGUGACAACAUGGCAGGUGCUGUCUCCUUUUACGAUUACUCUGCAGGAGCCAAGUGUGAGUGAGGCACACUGGCACACACUAGCACACAUAGAUAUCCAGGAUGUGUGUCACCGCUCACUGCUGCCUGCCAAUUAUGUGUCAGAGCAUAAAAACAUUCAGAAUUGAUAGCUUUAUGAAAGACAAGUGGCAUCCCAAAAUCUCUCAAUAAGUCUCCUUAAAUGUUCUUUUGGUUGGAUUAGUUUGGUUUAUCCUACUUGUUUUAAAGUGAGCAGACAAUAUUAUUAGUUAAAGAAAGGCCCGAUGACUUUAUUUUGAAGAAUUACCAUCUGGUAGAAAUUUAUUGAGAUUCACCUUCACAAUAAAAUUUUAUUAUUACAAGUUUGCAUUGUUGGUUCCCUUUAAUCCACUAAGAAGACGCACAUGCAAACCAAACAUGGUUGUUGUGCUCAUCAAUAUGAUUAAAACAACAGUUUACAACUAACAUUCAGAUAAUUCAUUAAUAUUACAAGUUCAGACUAACACAUGUAGAUGUAAAUGAUAUCAUAAGUGCACUUAACUUGCUUAAUAAUACAAUUCCUGCAGUUUGAUUUGGGGUUAAUUUCCAUUUUAUAUCAGGUAAGAUGCUGUGUGUGUAUUACUGUUUAAAAAUCUUAGCAAAUAAUACUGCAUGUGCUGCUCAACAGAGUUGUUGAAAACCACCCUCACUAAUGUGCUCCCAACUUCUAGGCUUUCCUCUGCACAAAAGUUCCAUUUCUUGAAAAAAAAAACACUUUCUUAACCCCAAAUACUUCGAUUGCAUAUAAAAUGAUAUGAUGCAUACUGAACUAAACUAUAAAGUCACUUAUCAAACAAAACCUCCAGCAAAAUAAAAAGAAGGCACCACAACUACAAAAUAAUAGGACUGUACUGACUUUGUAUUGCCCUGGCAAAAAAGCAGUCAUGACUGACUGGUUAGCAAGCUACACUGAACUUAGAAAAAGCUGGACUGGUCUAUAAAUGUGGUCGCAGUAGUGUUCCUUAAGAGUUGCCACCCCAAAAUCUAUGUUGGAGCACAAGUGACAACAGUGUUGUCGCAAUUCUUAUUUGUGCUGCUUGCAUCAAUAAAAAGUACAAAGUCCAAAAUUCAUGUGAAAAAAUAACAAGACCAUAAAUGUCUGACCACAAUCAAAUAGUAACUGGCAAAGGUAAACAGUGCACCUGAGAAUAAACAUUUAAAACAUUAAUGUUGGUGGAUUUGUUGUAUGCAUAUACAACAUUACACUGAUGGUUGAGGGUUGAGACGUUAAGCUGUCACUCCAUCUGUCAGGGUACUAUAAUGUACUAGCUGCCUACAGUCCUAAACUGUACAACAAAGCUGUCAUCUAUGUUUGGCAAAUGUCACUGAUGCUAAAGUCAGGUAUUUAAAUCUCUAUGUAUCUAUAAAUUCAGGGUGAGGAAGUGAUGGGCCCUCUGAAAUGCCAUGCUCAGUGCCAUCCCUUCUUGAAUCAGUCAGCAUGUCCCACCUUGCCCACCAGAUUCAAAAUGGUCUAGACAUAGAUACAUUAGUGCAUUGUUGGAUGCCAUUCAUCAUGAUAAACCACCUGCAUCUCUUAAAUGCAAUAUUGUGUAUGUUAUUAAUUGCAUAUAUAUUCACACCUUUAGAAGGGGCUAAUGCUCUUGUAACCAUUGGCGCAUUAAGCUGUCAGCUCCAGUGUCUGCUGUGCUAAUGGAAACUUUCAUCCCACAACAUUCUCAUGAGACAACCCAGUGCCAUGAGGAGAGGGGGCUGUGUGCAUAAUAAAAUAGUAAACGCAUGAGGCACAAUCAUGAUAACCUUAACAUAAACUGGUGCCCUAGGACCUUGAAUGGAUCCAAUGUCUCUGAAACUGAAUUACUGAUAAGUUACUCAUUCAAUAAAACUGAUACCACUGCAUUUGGAUAUAAGGUUGUAAAUUAAAUGAACAGUACUAGCACAGUGAUGGAGGUGUACAGUACC